AUGCCGACACAUGAAGCCGAGGUAACAUCUAUUCGCUGUUUGCCAAAGCCACCCGUGCCAACACUCGACCAUACCCUCGAGCGCUACCGAGAAUAUGCAGAAGUUGUCGCCGAGGGUAUGCAGCGCGACAUACAAGGCACCUUGAAUGCUGUAGAUGAAUUUCGGAAGAUUGGCACGAUCUACCAACAACGGCUAGAAAAAAUCGCUGAGGGCGAACCAAACUGGGUGUCUCCUGUAAAAACUGUAAUUUUGUCAACUAGAUUUAGAAAGCAACUCGAACGAGAAGUUUCCACCGGUAAAGUCAAAGUGAAGAUGUGUAUGCAGCAAUAUGAUAGGAUUCUUUCGUGUUACAGGCGACCCAGCAUCGAAGAAGAUAUUCAGAUUGUCAAAGAAAAGCGUAACAAUGGUAACGAGCAUAUUUUGGUGAUGAGUAGAGAUCAGGUAGCUGUCGUUACCGACUUGUACCGUAAUAGGUAUUAA